AUGGAUCAAGGACAAGGGCCAUCCCUUCUCGAAUACGCCCGUUUUCAUGGAAUGGCAACGCCAUCCUCCACUGUCAACCCUCUAGAAUAUAUCGACCAGAUACUCGAGAACAGCUUUGCCUCCAAAGAUGAACCUUCGCCUGCUUCAAAUGGUCACACCACGACUCCUUGGGAGUCCAUCGAGCGAGAGCUUAACAGCGAAAAGCUCAAUCUGAGCAAGAAUGACGCCCGACUUCUCUCAACGGUGAUUCAUAUGAGAGCAGAGCACGUGGAAAUGAAUUGGGACGACUGCCUUUCAUCAUCACCUAAAAUUGAGUUUCUCAAAGUCGAGCUUCCUGUCCUUACGACCCAUCAUGAAUCGGAUCUGACGACCCUAACGAGCUCUGUCCACUCGGGCCGGGGAAAUGAGGCACUGUCGUUGCUGCAGACCUGCCUGCCAUAUUCCCUGCCAAAGUCCUAUACAAGCUUCAAUAUCGGCCACGAGGUCGAGGAAAAUGCCAAGAAGGAGAGACUAAAUUGUACCAAAGAGUCCUUCCUUCUGAUUCAGAACACUAGGAAGUGUGGGGAUAUUGGCCCAGCUAUGGAUUGUCUCAAGGCUUAUUCACAGGCAUAUCAGCAGGCGUUUCGCGAAUCGGGUCCUCCUCUCACUCCAAUCGACUUCGACGAGUUGUACAGUCCAUCGCCUAGCCUGAAGCCGCAGAUGCUGCCCAGUCCCGCUUCCUCAAAUCCUACAAAACGAUACGAAUCACCACUCUGCUUACAGAAGGCGGGCAGGCUGGUAUCAAUACCCUUAGAGUUCGGUGAUGAGGGAGGUACAAGGGCACGGGGUUUUGAAAACAAGGAGUCUUCCAAUGCGCAACGCGAAGAGGAAGUGAGGUCUUUUCAAGAAUGCUCGAUAUCCGUUGGGCACGCGUCUUCUGGUUUCAGAGAGCUGGAAAACACAGAAGAUCUAUUUAACCCGCCAGAUUCGACUUGGAGGCUCGCGCAAGCUAUGGUUUCAACAGGGCUCGACGUUGAACUCGCUCCUGACCGUGGUUCCAGUGCACGUCGACACUCUACAUCCUUUCCGUCUAAUCUCCUGUCGGAUCCUUGCUUCACAUAUCAAGAGACAGUGAACGAUAGAGACAUUGGCGUUGGUCAUUCGGUUGAGGUUGAACAAGGAACCCAAGAUCUCGCUGAAGGGCAAAUUUUAGAAACGCCAAAUGCGGCUGAGACCAGCCAUGGAGGUAAUACAGAGAGUACGGUUAUUAAAAGGAACUGGUGCGAGUCGAACACGAGAGCAAAUAAGCAACCUACCAGAGCAAACGAUAGCUUCAAUAAUGCGAUAUCCAUACCUAGAGGACCGGCGCUCUUUACCGAGACUUGCCGCCAACAAGCACAAGAACUUCUGAAUCAACCGUCAAAUCGUCAACAGAAAAGGAAGAAGGCAAGAGAUGAUCACAAGCUAAAAGAAAAGCAACACAGAGAUGGAGGAAAGGGAGCAGCAGUGCGACCUCCAGCACAAAGCCAGGGCGCAGACUCAUCAUCGCCAUUCACCGCACUGGGCUCUUUACCUGCUUUUAUGGAAACAAGAGGCAUAGCGCCUAAGCGACGAGUCAACGCAGAGAGUCCUUAUUUAGCAAUAAAGAGUCAGCAGCCGAUCGAUCGAACGGAGCCUCAAGAGCCCAUGGUCGUGGUAUCGGAUGAAUACGCAGAACCAGUGAUACAAGGCGAGGAACGAGCUGCUAUCAAAGCAAACACUCCUGCAUUUCAUCAUAUUCCCCCAUUUUCAAGGAACAACCAAGAACCCCCAUUGCUCUUCCUAUCAACAUCACUCCUCAAGUCACAUCUCCGAUUGACACGAACCCUCGAAAAUAUAACAGAUCCACCACCCACGCUCAUAUACCGGGACAACGACAAUAAGACCAUCAUCAACCACGACCUCCAACACGAAGCAGACAUCAUCAUCUCUCCAUCAACGGGUAUAAUCCUGACAACGUCCCAAGCUACGACACAGCUAUACCUCCCCGGUCACAAACCCACUCAUCCCCAUCUAGACGGCAUCAAGGGUAUCAAUUCACCUCUCCGGGAAUGCAUCAUGGUCUUAGCCCCGCGAUAUGAACGCCUCUACGUCCUCGUCAGCCACGCUGGAGGAACAGCUAAGAAGCAGCUCACGGCCGACGAGCGAACAUUGGCAUCCAUUUCAUCGCUCACGGCAUUCUGCAACUCCAUCUCGGAAUAUUCAACCAUUAUCCCGCUGAUAGUUGCGCCAUCUGCACCGGAGACUAUGGCGCAAUGGAUCCUUGGGCUUGCUUAUAAGCAUUCGUUUCAACUACCGGAGACCAGUGCGCCGCGGAGUAUUGGCUUCACACCUAUCAAUCCGGGCGUCAACAAGCCCAGGCUUGAUCCAGCGAUGAUUGAAACUGAGACGAAAAGUGAGAUUUGCCUCCGUCGUGCUGGAUUGAACCCGUUUGCUGCGCAGGUUGUUUUGCUUGUUCUGAGGCGGGAAGAAGAGAAGCUAGGCUUAGCUUAUGAUCAGGACACGGUUCUAGCACUAUCGAGCUUUACGGAGAUGUCAACUGAGUCGCGAAGACGUCUAUUUGCAGGGCUCAUUGGGGAGAGGGUGCUGCAGAGAGUAGAGGCUAUAAUGGAUGACUGGCAAUGUGACUGGGCGCUCAAGUUCGAUGCUGUGUAA